UGAAGGUCUAUUAUAUCCUUUAAAUGACGUACAAAUGGGACUCAAGUUGGAAGCCCAAGAAAUACCCAAAAAGUAUUAAAUGGGCCACAAAUGAAGCCUAAACAAGAAAAGGUUCAGAAACAAAAUCUGCCGGUGUGACAAGACACAACAGCCUUAUCCAGAGUUAAGAUGCUGCGCCAAUAGCCACUCGACGCGUCAGCAAAGAGUAGCCAAAACCGAAUCCAUUUCUGUGGUAGCCAAAGCCACAAGAUGAGCCUUGGCUAAAUUUUAAAUACAAAAUAAGAAGAAAGAACUGCGAAAAUCAAAUCAGAAACAGAUUGCACUAGAAAUUAAAAGUUUAUCUUUCACGUAAGACUCGAAGAAAAUGGCGAGCACUGUGAUGACUACACUGCCUCAGUUCAAUGGUCUUCGAGCCAGCAAGAUCUCUGCAGCUCCAGUUCAAGGCCUGGCAACUGUUGUGCCCAUGAGACGCAAGGGAAAUGGAGCUUUGGGUGCAAAAUGUGACUUCAUUGGUUCAUCAACAAAUCUGAUAAUGGUAACGUCGACGACUCUGAUGCUGUUCGCUGGGAGAUUCGGACUAGCACCAUCAGCCAAUAGGAAGGCAACAGCUGGACUUAAGCUAGAGGCACGUGACUCGGGUCUACAAACGGGUGACCCAGCCGGGUUCACUCUCGCCGACACUUUGGCUUGUGGUACCGUUGGUCACAUCAUCGGAGUUGGAGUUGUCCUUGGUCUCAAAAACAUUGGUGCUAUUUAAACUUGUAGAUUUUUAAAACAAAAUUCUCAAGAACCUGAGGGGAGAUCUAGUCAAUGUUUCAAGUUUUUAUGUUUAUAAUGUUUGACUCGUAUUAUAUUUUUCAUUAAAACAAUUAGAACGACCGCAUCUUCAAGUA